CCCGCCUGCGGGCCGCCCACCGCGACCAUGGUCUCCAAGUCCGACCAACUGCUCAUCGUCGUGUCCAUCCUAGAAGGUCGCCAUUUUCCCAAGCGUCCAAAGCAUAUGCUUGUAGUAGAAGCAAAGUUUGAUGGAGAACAGUUGGCUACCGACCCUGUGGACCAUACCGACCAGCCAGAAUUUGCGACCGAGUUAGCCUGGGAGAUCGACAGGAAAGCUCUCCAUCAGCACAGGUUGCAGCGUACUCCAAUCAAACUGCAGUGUUUUGCCUUGGAUCCUGUAUCUUCAGCCAAGGAAACUAUAGGUUACAUUGUUCUAGACUUAAGAACUGCUCAAGAAACAAAGCAGGCUCCAAAAUGGUACCAGCUGUUGAGUAAUAAAUACACCAAGUUCAAGGCUGAGAUACAGAUAAGCAUUGCUUUGGAAACAGAUACAAAGGCCCCAGUGGAUAGUUUUAAAGCCAAAGGAGCCCCCCCUCGAGAUGGAAAAGUAGCUGCCAGCCUAUCUGGACUUGACCCCAAGGACAUUGUGGCAGUGCUGAAUGAGGAAGGAGGCUACCAUCAGAUCGGACCAGCAGAGUAUUGCACUGACUCCUUCAUCAUGUCAGUGACCAUAGCGUUUGCCACCCAGCUGGAGCAGUUAAUUCCAUGUACUAUGAAACUUCCAGAAAGACAGCCUGAGUUUUUCUUUUACUAUUCUUUGCUGGGAAACGAUGUUACAAAUGAACCCUUCAAUGAUUUAAUCAACCCAAACUUUGAGCCAGAGAGAGCGUCUGUUCGAAUACGUAGCAGCAUAGAAAUUCUUCGUCUUUACCUGGCUCUUCAGUCUAAACUACAGAUCCAUCUUUGCUGUGGAGACCAGUCACUUGGAAGUACAGAAGUACCCUUAACUGGACUACUGAAAAAGGGGAGUACAGAAAUCAACCAGCGCCCCGUCACAGUUGAGGGUGCUUUUAUUCUCGACCCUCCAAACCGAGCCAAACAAAAGCUUGCACCUAUUCCUGUGGAGCUGGCCCCCACUGUUGGUGUGUCUGUGGCUCUGCAGAGAGAAGGCAUAGACGCCCAGUCUUUAAUUGAAUUAAAGACCCAGAAUGAACAUGAGCUACAGCAUUCAAAGAAGCGAGUUUUAACUCCUAUAAAAGAGAAGACACUCACUGGGCCAGAGUCACCAAGCGUGUCCCCUGUUCCACCUCAAAACCCAUCACCUUCCACAAAAGAUGAUGUAACAGGAAGUGAAGUGGAAAGCUUGCAAUAUGAUAAGGACACAAAACCAAAUCCAAAGGCCAUCAGUUCUUCUGCACCUGCCUCGGCGGUCCAGCCAGUGCCCACAUCCCACGCUUCAGAAACAGCCUCCGGACAGAAGAUUGCUGUGCCAGCGACAUCACAUCAUUUUUGCUUUUCAAUAGACUUAAGGAGUAUCCAUGAUUUGGAAGUUGGUUUUCCAAUCAACUGUAUAUUAAGGUACUCCUAUCCAUUCUUUGGUAGUGCGGCUCCUAUUAUGACUAAUCCUCCUGUAGAAGUUCGCAAAAACAUGGAAGUUUUUCUUCCGCAGUCUUACUGUGCAUUUGAUUUUGCAACUCUGCCUCAUCAGCUGCAAGAUACCUUCUUAAGGAUUCCAUUGCUGGUUGAAUUAUGGCACAAGGAUAAAAUGAGUAAAGAUUUACUUCUGGGAAUCGCCAGAAUCCAGCUUUCUAACGUCUUGUCUUCGGAAAAAACUCGCUUUUUAGGUUCCGGUGGUGAACAGUGUUGGCGUCAAACCUACAGUGCAUGUGUGCCUUUCAUAACCGCACAGGGGUCAAACAACAGGAUAAUGGAUCUUUCUUAUACAGUAACUCUAGAAGAUUAUGGACUAGUAAAAAUGCGUGAGAUUCUUGUCUCUGAUUCAUCUCAGGGUUUAUCUGCUGUGCAACAGAAGCCAUCUUCCGUUCCUCCAGCACCUUGUCCUUCAGAAGUCCAGACAGAGCCUCGAGAAACCUUAGAGUACAAAGCAGCCCUGGAGCUAGAAAUGUGGAAAGAGAUGCAAGAAGACAUUUUUGAAAAUCAGCUAAAGCAGAAGGAAUUGGCUCAUAUGCAGGCUCUGGCAGAGGAAUGGAAGAAAAGAGACCGAGAGAGAGAAUCGCUUGUAAAGAAAAAGGUGGCUGAAUAUACUGUUCUAGAAGGAAAACUUCAAAAAACCCUAAUUGACUUAGAGAAGCGAGAGCAGCAGCUUGUCCUUGCAGAGUCAGAGGUUCAAAGAGAGAGAAAGGAACUGAAAUUAGAACGUGAACGGAACCUGCAAGAACGUCAGGACUCUAUCCGGAGGGCCAGAGAGGAUUGUGUUCAUCAGGUCGAACUAGAAAGGUUGAAGAUGAGACAGCUAGACGAGGACAAACUCCGACUGCAGCAGCAGCUUACUGAUGCUGAAAAUAAGUAUAAGAUUUUGGAAAAAGAGUUUGUUCAGUUCAAGGAUCAGCAAAGCAACAAACCAGAAAUCCGUCUACAGUCUGAAAUAAAUCUCCUCACCUUAGAAAAGGUUGAACUUGAAAGGAAGUUGGAAUCUGCAACUAAGUCUAAACUGCAUUACAAGCAGCAGUGGGGACGAGCUUUGAAAGAACUUGCCAGACUUAAACAGCGGGAACAAGAAAGUCAGAUGGCUCGUCUUAAAAAACAGCAAGAAGAACUGGAACAGAUGAGGCUCCGUUACCUGGCUGCUGAGGAAAAAGAUACGGUGAAGACCGAGAGACAAGAAUUGUUGGAUAUCAGAAAUGAAUUAAACAGGUUAAGGCAACAAGAACAGAAACAGUACCAGGAUUCCAGAGAGAUUGCAAGUGGAAAAAUGGACAGCCCACGUGGCAAUACCCUGGAAGAAGGUUUGGAUGAUUAUUUGACUCGACUCAUAGAAGAAAGGGAUACUUUGAUGAGGACGGGUGUGUAUAAUCAUGAGGAUCGAAUAAUAAGUGAACUAGACCGACAGAUCAGAGAGGUUUUGGCAAAAAACAAUGCCAGUAAUUAAUAACAUUUGGAAAAUCUUUACAGAGACUCCAGGCCUAAAUUUUAAUUUCAUUGUAAACCCCUCAAAAGAAGGGAAAGUGGAUGUUUUAAAACCAAUUUUCAAUUUUUUAUAAGCAAAAUUUUGUAUGUUACUGUACAGUAUUUAUUUGAUUUUAUUUACUUUAUGCUACCUCUCCCACUCUGGUUUUAUUUGUAAUUGCAUUUUAUAUACUCAUUUUAGAUGACUUUUCAGUGUUUCUCAUAAUUUAUAGUUUCAGAGCUAACUUUCACAACAGCUUUUCACGAGAUGUGUCCUUAGAGAAAUGACUGCAGUAAUUUCCAGUUGUAUAAUUUUUCAUGUUGAGCCAAAAGAGUAUGUGUUGCACUUUAAAAAUGCUGCGUCCUAUUCAUUUGAAUACAGCUAUCUCGAAAGUUGAGGCCAAUUGUAAACAGUUUUAUUUAACUUACUUUAGACAGCCCGUGUUUUUAACUUGUAACAUUUGCAAGUGACAAGUUUGAAAACAGAAAGCAAGAUCAAUGCAGAGAAGCGCUAGGCUCUACUGAAUGACAAACUAGGCAUUUAUUUAAAUAAAGUUAAUGCAGAAUAAACUUGUUUC